GAUCCUGUUUGUAGCCAAAUCGGCACUUAAACGGUGCAGUGAAUGAGUUUCUUCAGACUUGUUUGAUCAUUUAAAAAUGAAAUAACUACCUUAAAUGUUAUUGUGCAGAAGGAACAGACGUUGACGCUUUUACAUGUGGGAUUUUAAUUAACCUGGACGCAUGAGAACAGAGCUGCUGACUCUGAGCUGACAGGACUGGUACUGAAUCAGAUGUCAUUUUGUCCUUCAGCGUGAAGAUGGACAUCACUUACAAUAAGCUGGUGGACGUGGAGUGGAGGAGACAAGACGACAGAAAAGCACAGCUGUAUUCCAGGUGUGUGGUAGCUCUGGCCACUGUAGCCACUGUGCUGCUGGCUGCCACGGCCGUCUAUAACCUCCUGACUCCCAGGGUUUCAUCCUCCCACACCGCCCCGAGCAGCAGCAUCCGUCUGCCCCAGGCCGAGUCCUGCUACGACCCCUGCGAGAUUGUUCUGGUGGAGAGCAUCCCUGAGGGGCUGGAGUUUAAUUCCAGCACCACUCACCCCUCCAUCUUCCAGGCCUGGCUCAAUCUGGUGAGCGAGGCUCGCAGCAGUGUCGACAUAGCCUCCUUCUAUUGGACGCUCACCAACAAGGACACCGGCACUCAUGAGCCAACAGCCAAUCAGGGUGAAACCAUUCUGAAGAAACUAGCUGAGCUUUCAGGGAAGUUGUCUGUUCGGAUCGCAGUCAACAGACCACAGGAGAGUCAGCCUCAGGACGACCUCAAGCUGCUCAACGAUUCGGGGGCUGACAUCAGGACAGUUAACAUGAGAGACCUCACCUCAGGCGUCCUUCACACCAAGUUCUGGGUGGUGGACAAGAAGCACAUUUACAUUGGCAGUGCCAACAUGGACUGGAGGUCCCUCACACAGGUGAAGGAGCUGGGCGUGGUGGUCUACAACUGCAGCUGUUUGGCUGCAGACCUGGGUAAGAUCUUUGAGGCCUAUUGGUUCCUGGGAGAGAGUCAGAAGAUCCCAUCACCCUGGCCCUCCAGCUUCUCCACCCUCUACAACAAGGACACACCUCUCCAGCUGCCACUCAACAACACGCCGUCCAACGUUUAUCUGUCGAGUUCCCCUCCGUCCUUCUGUGCAGCCGGCAGGACCCCAGACAUUCAGUCCAUCCUCAGUGUGAUGGAGGAUGCCCAGAGCUUCAUCUACAUUGCUGUCAUGAACUACCUGCCCACCAUGGAGUUUUCACACCCUAAAAGGUACUGGGCAGACAUCGACACCCAGCUGAGGAGAGUGGCAUACGAGAGGCGGGUCAAGGUGCGCCUGCUGAUCAGCUGCUGGGCCAGCACCCAGCCAGUCAUGUUUCCCUUCCUGAAGUCUCUGGCCUCAGUUUACGACCCCAUGAACAAACUAGACAUCCAGGUGAGGCUGUUUGUGGUGCCUGCCAACCCCAAGCAGAAGGAGAUUCCCUUCGCCAGAGUCAACCACAACAAGUACAUGGUGACUGACAAGAUAGCUUACAUAGGUACAUCUAAUUGGUCAGGUGACUACUUUGUGCACACAGCUGGCUCAGCGUUGGUUGUCAACCAGACUGCAUCACGGUCCCCGGACCCGACCGUCCAAUCACAGCUGAAGGCUGUGUUUGAGAGGGACUGGAGCUCUGACUACAGCACCCCUGUCACCCAAAACUCCAACCUCAAAGACUUCUGUUAGUUUCAUCAGCCACUUUUACAAACAAACCAUUUCAGCACCGCAGAUAUUACAGUGUUAUAGUUGCACAUUUAUUUUAGUUUUCAAAGUCUCAUGCACUAUCUCAGGUACCCAGUUUGAAAGAGAGUCAACUUCAUUAAACUUGACUUAUCACAGCUUUAGUGCCAAACUCCAAUUUGACAGUAAUGUGCCAUCAAACCACUUAACUGUCAAGGGUUGUACAUGGGUGCCUGGUCUUUUUUUUUUUUUUUUUUUUGUAAGAGGCAACAAUGUCUUUGCAUUUCUUUGCUCUUCCUAUCAAAGCUACAUGUGUGCGUAAAAAGCCAAUUAACAUUAUUUUUACCCUGCUGGAUCAUCAGAUCUAGGUCCUCAGUCAGAAUGUACUGCGACUUGUUACCAGCAUUGACAAACAGUGAACAGACAAUGUUACCUUUACAAAAAACUCCAACAGAUACUGUAGAGUAACAAAAGCCUGAGACCAC